AUGGUUUUGGCAUAUUCUACCGAAAUGAACUGCUGUGACGAGGGCGAGCUGAUCACAACGUUUGUCAAGAUUGGCCAUCAUCAAAGUUUGAGCUCGCGCUUGCGCUCUUUGAACAUCAACGUCUCAUCUUUGCUUGACUGUCCUAUACAACAGGAUAUACCUGACCUCGUUUCAGACAGCGAGUCUCAAUCUUGCGACGAGGAUAGCGAUCAAGAUUACGAGAUGUUCAGUUAUGGACCAGCUAUGCAGGACAGGGAAAACCUGAUGAUCCUCAUAGUGAGCAUUGUGUCAGAGCAAUUAUAUAAGACCGCCAAGGAGAGGUUCCAAUCGUGUGCUUGCUGUCAGGCCGUCUCAGUGAAGAGUGUAUCGACUUUCCUGCAAAAGCUGUCGUCUCGACUGGGCUGCACUUUUGCAAACUUUCAAAGAUGUCUUGUCAUAAUGUCAAGGUUGGUCCAGGAGAGUCAGAACGACUUCAAUUGUCUCAAGAAGCUCAUUUUGGCUUCGUUUAUGAUCAACUUCCACAAUGAGGUUGAGAUGAAAACGUGGGAGAAAGUCACGGGAUUGUCAGCGAUUGCCUUGAGAGGGAUUUUGAGUUCGUCGAUGUAUCGUACGGACCUCGGCGUGACACACACAGAGUUAGUCGAGCUCAAGGAAAAUAUACGCGAUGCGGUUAUGAAAAGGGUAAAAGUGAUUUAA